AGAAAUCUACCAAGCCUGCAGAAGUGGCUGUGUUUGGUUCUCAUCAUUUUGAGAGUCCUUAUUGCCCAGUCAAAAGAAGAGGUCAUUCUGUCACGACUGACGGAAUUGCAGUUGCAUGUUUGUCUGAUAAGAGAACUGGACAACACAGAUACAUCUUCUAUAGUAGAAAUGCUACGCAAACUGACACCAGAAGAAACCAUUGCCUGGUUUCUGCUUCAGGUGAUUGGUAAAUGUUCAGAAAUGCUGGAUCAGGAAGCGUCUCUGCUAGUAUCAAAUGGUGCCAACAGUGCAACUAUCACAUCCAGCAAUGUUUAUGCCAGCAGAUAUCGUUUUUUGCUGCAGCAGACACUACAUCUGCUCCUGUAUAUUACACACAUGUUCCAGUCAG